GAGCGCGACCUCGGCCACUGAGACCCCCGGCCCCUGCGGUCAUCCUGCUCAUCCGCGCCUCGGGCGGGACCCGGCCAGCCCGGGCGCCUCGCUGCCGCACCGGAGCGGCCCUCCUGGCAGCUCCCGGCGCGCGGGACCCCCGCCCGGCCCCUCGCCCGCAGCCCGCCGGCCGCACACGUCCCCGGAGCCGGGCCUAGGGCGGCGGCGGCUCGGCGUGGCCGGGCGGGCUCGGCGGCGUCCCCAUGGCCGCGGCCGGCUGGCGGGACGGCUCCGGCCAGGAGAAGUACCGGCUGGUGGUGGUCGGCGGAGGCGGCGUGGGCAAGUCGGCGCUUACCAUCCAGUUCAUCCAGUCCUAUUUUGUAACGGAUUAUGAUCCAACCAUUGAGGAUUCCUACACAAAGCAGUGCGUGAUAGAUGACAGAGCAGCCCGGCUAGAUAUUCUGGACACUGCAGGACAAGAAGAGUUUGGAGCCAUGAGAGAGCAGUAUAUGCGAACCGGCGAAGGUUUCCUAUUGGUCUUUUCCGUCACAGAUAGAGGCAGUUUUGAAGAAAUCUAUAAGUUUCAAAGACAGAUUCUCAGAGUAAAGGAUCGUGAUGAGUUUCCAAUGAUUUUAAUUGGUAAUAAAGCAGAUCUGGAUCAUCAAAGACAGGUAACACAGGAGGAAGGACAGCAGUUAGCACGACAACUUAAGGUGACAUACAUGGAGGCGUCAGCAAAGAUUAGGAUGAAUGUAGAUCAAGCUUUCCAUGAACUUGUCCGGGUCGUAAGGAAAUUUCAAGAGCAGGAAUGUCCUCCUUCACCAGAGCCAACGAGGAAAGAAAAAGAUAAGAAAGGCUGCCAUUGUGUCAUUUUCUAAGAAUCCCUUGAGUUUUAGCUACCAACUGCCAGGAAAAGCCCUCCUCUUCUCCUUUUCUCCUUAACAGUUUACAUCACGUUGGUACCUUUCUAGCCUUAGACAAAUGAUCACCAUGGUAGCCUUAGACCAAGAAGCUGGCUCAUCCAUUCUGUGAAGCUAAUCCUAUGCUCAUUUCAGGACAGAUUUAAAGGAAA